AAGCAAAAACAAACAAGAUCUUUUCCGCCUUAAUUAGGGAAAUAAAGAGUGACCUCGGUAGCACAGUCUUCCCAAACUGGUAACCUCUAGAUGUACUAAAAGAUACAGGAUGAUGGCUGUUCUGUCAAGAAUAUCCAUAGAUACCAUGUUGGGAAAGGCUGCAGCAGGGAUACUCUCCAGUGUUCAAAACUCCAGUCCUUCAUCAAAGGAAUUAAAGUCUUGUGUAAAGUGUAUGCACUGUGAAAAUGCCAUCGGCUUGAUAGCUAAAUAUAAAAUUUGCAUACUAGUACUGUGUUAUGUCUUAACUGUAAAAGUAUAGGAAUUUUGUUAUAUAUGAAGGGGGUUUUAAAGUAAAAAGCAAACUACAGGCUGUUUGCUCUAGCAGACAAAAGUGUAUUAGUUUCUCCAUUUAUAGUGCCAUGCAUUGUGUUUUCAAAGAGUCAUAGUUAAACCCAUCUUAGUCAAAGAAUCACCAACUGCUUUGCUGGGCAGUGUGAGUAGUUGGUCUCUCCAAGUCCUUCAAAAGGGUUGGACUGCAGCUCCCAUUCCCCUAAAGUCAGCACAGCCAAGUUGUCUGGGAGAUAACAGGAGCUGUAAUCCCACCCAUCCCGAAGUCCCCAGCUUUGAGAAAAUUAGAGCAGGAGGUCUUAUGGUCGCUCACAAAAAUCCAUAUUAUUGAAAUUAUUGUUGAACAUGCUAUUCUUUCGUAGUACCCUAUUUACUGACUAACUGCUGUAAUAAUAAUCUUGAUCCAGUCCAGUCACAGAAAGUUGACCCCUUGAAGUCAAAACAGCAGUUGGACUUGGAACGCGCCCAUUUCCUGGUUACCCAAGCUUUUGAUGAAGAUGAAAAAGGCAAUGGAGAAGAAGCAAUAGAGCUGUACACAGAAGCGGUGGAACUCUGUUUGAAAACAGUAUGUUAAGCUACAACUUAACUUGGUGGAAUUAUGUUAUGGCUAGUGAAACUACAGAGACAGUUCUUCAAACAAAACUGAUGCAGCUAGCUCGGCAGGCACUGGACAGGGCUGAGGCACUAAAAGACUCAAAGCCAUCUCAGAAAGAGAAGCCAGCAGCAGUGAAACCAACUCACCCCACGAGGACUUUCUUUCCUUUGGGACCUGACUUUUCCUUGAAUGAUAAGCCACAAACAGUCAGGCCUGUGCAUGCCAGUGAACCUCAAGGUCAGCGAUACACUGCAGAGGAGAUUGAGGUACUCAGGAAGACAUCAAAGAUAAAUGGCAUUGAAUAUGUUCCUUUCAUGAGUGUUGACCUGAGAGAGCGUUUUGCUUUUCCAGUACCUUUCUCAGAUAAAUGUGGGAAGUUGCCGUUGUCUCCCAAGCAAAAAGCAAUGUUUGCCCGAUGGGUACGGCCUGAUGACAUAACCAACAAUCCCACCAUGAUCUACACUGUGUCAAGCUUCAGCAUAAAACAGACAAUCGUGUCAGAUUGUUCCUUUGUAGCCUCACUUGCUAUCAGUGCAGCGUAUGAAAGACGAUACAACAAGAAAUUGAUUACUAGCAUCAUUUACCCACAGAAUAAAAAAGGAGAGCCAGAAUAUAAUCCUUGUGGAAAGUACAUGGUCAAACUGCAUAUCAAUGGUGUCCCUAGGAAGGUGAUCAUUGAUGACCUGCUACCAGUAGAUCACAGUGGAGAGCUUCUCUGCUCUUACUCAAACAACAAAAAUGAACUCUGGGUAUCACUGAUAGAAAAAGCGUAUAUGAAAGUAAUGGGAGGUUACGAUUUUCCAGGAUCAAAUUCUAAUAUUGAUCUCCAUGCAUUGACUGGCUGGAUACCUGAAAGGAUGGCUAUGCACUCAGACAAUCAAGCUUUUAACAAAGACAAUUUUUUCAGAAUGCUUUAUCAGAGAUUUCACAAAGGGGAUGUACUUAUUACAACAGCCACAGGAGUGAUGACUGAAGAAGAAGGAGAAAGAUGGGGUUUGGUGCCAACCCAUGCCUAUGCUGUUUUAGAUAUCAGGGAGUAUAAGGGGCUUCGAUUCAUCCAGUUGAAAAAUCCCUGGAGUCACCUACGCUGGAAAGGAAGAUACAGUGAAAAUGAUAAGAAGAACUGGACCCCUGACCUCCAGAAAUACUUAAACUUUGACCCCAGAACAGCACAGAAAAUAGACAAUGGAAUUUUCUGGAUGGCCUGGGAAGACCUGUGCAAGUAUUUUGAUGUUAUUUAUCUGAGCUGGAAUCCAGGUCUCUUUAAAGAAUCAACAUGUAUUCACAGUACCUGGGAUGCCAAACAGGGUCCUGUGAAGGAUGCAUACAGCCUAGCUAAUAAUCCACAGUACAAACUGGAGGUUCAGUGCCCACAAGGUGGCGCAGCAGUGUGGGUUCUGCUCAGUAGACACAUUACUGACAAGGAUGAUUUUGCACGCAACCGGGAAUUCAUCACGAUGGUUGUAUACAAAACCAAUGGGAAAAAGGUUUACUACCCUGCGGAUCCUCCGCCAUACAUUGAUGGAAUUCGGAUCAACAGUCCCCACUAUCUCACCAAGAUAACACUGACUUCUCCAGGGACUCACACAUUUACAAUGGUCGUUUCUCAGUAUGAGAAACAGAACACAAUUCACUAUACACUCAGGGUUUAUUCAGCAUGCAAGUUUACCUUUUCUAAGAUUCCAACACCAUAUACCACAUCAAAACGGGUGAAUGGACAGUGGAAAGGUCACACUGCUGGUGGAUGUGGCAAUUUUAGAGAUACCUGCAAGAACAACCCUAUUUACCAGUUCCAGUUGGACAGGAGUGGACCACUCCUAAUUGAACUAAGAGGACCAAGGCAGUACAGUGUUGGACUCGAACUUGUUACAGUCUCUACAGUGGGAGACCCAGGUUCUUUGGGAUUUCAGAAGAAGAAUAGUGGCGAUUACAGGUGUGGAUUUUGCUAUCUGGAAGUUGAGAGCGUACCUGCUGGGGUUUACAAUAUUAUUCCAAGCACUUUCCUUCCUCAGCAGGAAGGACCCUUUUUCUUGGACUUUAAUAGCACUAUUCCUCUUAAAAUAUCACAGCUGCAAUGAGGUGACCUGGCGCAAUAUGUUUUUGCACAAUAUGGCGGAUUUGACAACUCGACUGUUUCACUGGACAGCAAUCAAAUAACCAACCUAAGAAAUCGUUUGAGAGAGAAUGAGCCACAUCCCAAAGCUGGGGUCACCAGAUGCUCUGCUGAUGACCCUGAGCAGCAUCCUGAAGCAGAGUGGAAAUUGGGGCUUCCCCUUGUUUUGCCCAUGCUCAUUCUUGAACUGUUGCCAAUUUGAUGGCAAGCAAAGGAAUGUGCUUGAACUUAAUCAUGUUCCCAUCAAUGUCCUUUUUUUUCUUUUUUUCUUUUUUGCAUGAAUUCUGCCUAUAAGAAUCUGGCUUUUUUUAAAAUCAAGCUCUGGUUUGAAAAUGUGUAUGUUUUUCCUGUUUUACCAAAUCACCUCCUAAACUCAGUUUUUCCAAAUACUAUGAUAAAAAUUGCUCCAGACAGUA